CUCCAUCUUGUGCGCCGACAACUCAACGAUCAACCUCCCGCGGAGACUGUGUCUCGCAGGGUAGCCGCUGGAUCAUUACCACAGCGGACCUACCGACGGGCCCCUUCCCAUCCGCGACCCCGAAUCCCACUGCUACACUCGCGAACAGCAUACCACCCCCCGGCGCGCCGACGCGCUUCACAGGUGGGCCCGACCGCGCCCGCCCGCGGCCAUGGCGGGCGACGACUACACGGUGGCCGGUGGCGGCGGCCUGCGACUCAAGGGGGCCAAGGUGAAGAAGCACAAGAAGAAGAGCAAAGACAAGUCGGCCGCGGCGGACAGGCUUGACAAGGCGCUGUCGUCUGGAGACGCCGCCGCCGCCGCCGCCGCCGCAGACGACGAUGAGGCCGCCAAGGCGCUCGUGGUGGGCUCCGCCGGGAAGGAGAGCAGUAGAAAAGACGGGGGCGAGGAGGACGAUGACGGCGCGCAGCCGGUGCAGUACAAGACGGAGGCUCAGCGCCGGUUCGAGGAGGCCAAGAGGAAAAAGCUUCUGGAGAUGGCCGAAUCGGCCGCCGCGCGCCCGGAGCUGCUAAAGACGCACAAGGAACGGGUCGAGCAGCUGAACACGUACCUGUCCAAGCUCAGCGAGCACCACGAUAUGCCCAAGAUUGGACCCGGCUAAAAACUUGAUUGGCCGCUGCUGCGGCAGUCGCGUCGCAUGCGCUGGGGAAAUGGCGUUCAGGGGUCUUUACGGGAGCGCCCAUCUUGUUGAUAAUUACUGCUUCAUGCUAUUCACGCCUGCUGAUAUUAUUUUUUCUUGAAUCUUUAUGAUAUCGGUUUACACAGCAGGCUUCUACUAUAAUUCUCCAAGUCUGCCCCGCAGCUCGACUACAUCCUGAUCAGUGAUUGAAUCCAUC